GCCUGUCGGACUGCUCAAGACUACUGAGACAACAGGCAUGCAGUCCUCUACACUGGUGUUGGUAUGGGUGCUUGUUACCUCACUGGUGCAGGCAGACGUUGUCACAGUGGAGGAAAGGCCCACAGAGGAGCCCAUUCCUUGCUCAAAAGGCUGCACCUGUAUCUGCGAUGACUAUACUACAGAGCUCAGUGCCUACUGCAGUGCACGGAACCUGACCCAGGUUCCUCCUGACACCCCUCCAUCUACACGUUCAUUAUGGCUGGAUGGAAACCUGUUUACUACUCUGCCUGCAGACUCAUUUAAAAACUUGAGCAGUCUGGAUUUCUUGAACCUACAAAAUGGCCAGUUAUCCAUUCUAGAUUCCCAGGUAUUCAAAGGACUACAUGCUCUUGCACACCUACACCUAGAGAGAAACAAUCUUCGUUCAUUACCUGCCAACAUCUUUCAGAACACCCCCAGCAUUGCAUCCCUUAAUCUACACUACAAUCAAUUGUCUCGUAUAGAUGAGAGGUUGUUUGCUGGACUCUCUCAUAUGUGGUUACUAAACCUAGGAUGGAACUCCAUUGCAGUUCUUCCUGAGACUGGAUUUCAGGACUUGCACGGGUUACGGGAGUUGGUGCUGGCUGGGAAUCGUCUGGCUUACCUACAGCCACAGCUAUUUCAGGGUCUUACAGAACUAAAGGAGCUGGAUCUAACUGGAAACUUCCUGAGAGUCAUUAAGGCAAAUGUGUUCUUGAAACUUUCAAAGUUGCAGAAGCUUUAUCUUGCUCAAAAUCAAAUUGUGACAGUGGCACCUAGAGCAUUUGUGGGCAUGAAAUCCCUGAGAUGGCUGGACCUGAGCAGAAAUCGACUAUCUGUGAUUCAUGAUGACACGUUCUUUGGCCUGGUAAGCUUACAUGUCCUUCGGCUGUCCAACAACUCAAUAAGCAGCCUGAGACCAGGUACCUUCCGUGAUCUCCAAUAUCUUGAAGAACUCUGCCUUUGCCACAAUCAGAUUCGAGCCUUGGGAGAGAGAGUUUUUGAAGGACUGAGCCAUCUUGAGGUGCUCAACUUAGAGCACAACAGGCUACAAGAUGCACGAAUGGGCACCUUCACAGGUCUCAGUCACUUGGCAGUAAUCAAACUCACUGGCAGCUGUUUCCGCACUCUGCCAGACCAGGUUUUUAAAGGUCUGUCAAAACUGCACAGCAUCCAUCUUGACAAGGGCUGUUUGACCAAAAUAUCCACCCAAGGUUUUGUUGGACUGACAGGCCUACGUCGACUUUUCCUGCAGUACAACAACAUAUCUGUGGUGGAGCGUCAGAGUUUUGUGGAGCUUCAGGGACUUCAACAGCUUGACCUAAGAUUCAAUAAACUAACUUGCCUCUCCUCCCACACCUUUUAUGGCCUAAAAAGUCUUGACUACCUUCUCCUUUCUAACAAUCUCCUUUACCAACUCACUUCAGAAGUACUUCUACCACUACAGCACCUUUCUUGGCUAGACAUCUCUGGGAAUAAGCUGGAGGUUCUAGUCAAUGCAACAUUGCACAUGGUGCCACAGUUGCGAUACCUCAACCUGAAGGACAAUAUGCUGAGCACUCUCCCUCCUUCCAUUCCCAAUGGCUUGGACCAACUUUGGCUAUCAGGUAACAACUGGAAAUGUGACUGCAGUGCUAAACCUUUCAAAGAUUUUAGCUUGCAGAAGCCACAUGUGGUUCCACGGCAGGUGGAGACUCUGGCUGAGGGUGAAGAACCCCAUUCCCUUAUCACUAUCUAUAAUAAUAUCACUUGCACCAGCCCACCCAUUCUCACUGGACUAGACCUGCGGGAUGUCAAAAGUGAACAGUUUUUGGACUGCUAAGUUCACACGUUGCUUGCACAAGCAUGACAAAUUAUUACUAUGAUCAAGUGUGAAUAUUUAAAUUUACUGCCUUUGAAACUGCACUUUCUUCUCUUGUACCUUUUUUUCUCUAAGCAACAUUUCAUGGACCUAAUUUACUACUAUUCCUACUGGAGAAAACACAGCUUGGACAUAAUGUAUUAAACUCUGCAAUCAAACUUCGUGGAACUAACAAUCAUCAUUUAUAAUAUUAGGGACAAGUUUGUGGCCUGAUUUAAAUAAAGAUAUGUGUGGGGAAAAGAUGUAGACAUUUAAUAAUGACAUGGCCCAUUAUGGAUUCUACAUGUCAUUUUUGUGCCCAAAUAGGCCUUAUCACAAUGCUUGUUUCCCUCUUGUUUGUUAAUCAUUAGCAGUCAUACAGGACAGAUGUCGAAGGUCUAUGUUGACUCAGGGUUUUCAUUAAAAGUGGGUUGAGAUGUGGGCUCAGGAUUAAUUAUUUUAGGAUUAAUGACAUAAAAAAUACGUAGAACAGCUUCUGUUUAAAUCUACUGAGGUAUUUUUGCCUAACCUCCUUUAGACAGUAACUGUUCGUGCAACAUCAGGUAUAUCUAUCAGAAUAAACAGAUUGUGUUUGGUUUCCUUCUCUAAAUAAAUAUUCACAAAAGCAGGAGAGAUCAACAUGGGGUUUGACAAAUACAGACAAAACAGGAGCAAAUACAUCCGUUUUCAUACUAUACAUAUAGAAAUGGGGAAAAAUCAAUUUAAAAACUUUUAAUUUAGGCUAUUUAUUUAUUUUUACAUGGAAAUACUUAAUAGUAAAACGUUAGAAA